AUGCCAAUUACUAUAAAUAAGAUCAAUUUAAGUAAUAAUGAUAAUGAUGAUGUUAUGGAUUAUUUUCUUUAUAGUACAAGGAAUAUAUUUAUUAACUACAAUCAUUUGGAAGGUAUAGAUGA